UCGCGAGCUUCUUCUCGCUGCGUCGCGCGCCUGCAGUCGCGCUCGCGGUCGCUUUCGUCCCAGCAGUCGCUCAGCCACGCCGGUACCUUCCCCGCGGCACAGCGCGCGCUCGCCGGCGCCCGCGGCGACGGCUCCUCUUCGCAACUCACGAUCAGCGAAGCGGCCUAA